AUGAAGAUUAAAGUGGGUCGACGGUUUUUCAGAAUCAGAAAGCUGAGGUUGAGAACAUGUCCGCUGCCUCUGAGAUUUCCCAAGCUAAUUCAACGCCUGUUUAGCUGCAUGCGCUCCAAAAUCUCAUUUUUCAAGUCGGGGCAUAUGAAAAUUCAAAUCUUGGAGCGGCCAUUAACACAGGUUGUUCCGCAGGGCUGUGUGGCCGUUCAUGUGGGCGAGGAGCAGAAGCGUUAUGUGAUUCCCAUUGUUUAUUUAUACCAUCCAUUCAUUACCAAGCUGCUGAAGGAAACGGAGAAGGAAUUUGGGUUUCAUCACCAGGGACUCAUCACAGUCCCCUGUAGUACAGACGAUUUCGAGCAGAUCUUAUGGUUGAUUGACAGAGAGAAAAGCUCUUAG